AUGUUCGAGCCGUUGCAUGAGUUGCUCUUGGAGGACCCGCAGGCACUCAUAGAGGAUGAGCGUGUGCUUGGUGAGAAGGCCGGGCGGGUGUUUGGCUUUCGCGACUUGAACGCCUACGUCACGCUCGGCGGCGCCGUGUAUCCACUGCUACGGUGUGCCAACGAUGGUGUUGUGCCGUGGGGUGCAGUGGACGGCGUGAAUGGCUCCAGCAACGGCAGCGGGAGUGCGCGGGCCACCAACUCGGCCUCAUCUUUGUCCGCAGGCGGGGACGCUGUCCUCACAUCGUCGUCGCUGCACCGCCAAGGCGAGGUGGAUACGAGGUGGUGGUCGUCGCUGGCGCCGGCGACAGACGCGCGCCGGUGCUCUCGCCACGGUCGUCGCUCUUGGCUUCAACAACUGUGGGCGUCGGCGCCGCAUCUUAUUCCACAUCUCGCCCAGUGUCUCAUCAAGGCGGCGUCGUUUGCGCUGCCGGGCCUUCGCAGCGUGUUCCCAAGUGCCCUACCAGGUGCACGGCGGCUGCUACUGGCGCGGCGGUCUCGCCGUGGUGGCCCUGAGCGUGUAACAGGUCUUAGCUUCCAUCCCUUGUACAUGUGGCUUGCGGUAGCGGUGGAAGAGGGCGGCGCCGACGCUUCAACGCGUGUCGUUGUGUACGAUGUGGGCGAGAGAAGGGUGAUGUGUGUGCUGACGCACGCCUUUCAGAUGAAGGUGAGCUGGUUGCAGUGGAGGCCUGAGUCGCGCGAUGUCCUGGCGGUGGGGUGCUGCGGCGGUGUGUUACUGUGGAGACUGUUUGCGGACUCCCCAGGAAGCGCCGCUGAUGGACCUUGGUCCGCUACCAAGGCAUUCGCGAACACGGACGCCUCCGCACACGCCUUGUUCUAUCCCACCCGCAGCGGCUUCACUGUCACUGGCGGUGCCUUCGCUCACCAAGACGCGAACACCCUCGCCUGCGCAAGCGUUGGCGACACGCGCCUCGUUUUUCUCCAGUUGAAUGAGCCGCCCUUUCAGCCGCAGGCGUGCGGCACCGUUGUCGUCCCCUCUGUCGACGGCGGCCUGGGUCAGGUGUUGUUCGAUGACGAUGACCUGUUCCUGCUCUGCACGGUGUGCGAGCACGGUUCCCUGGCGCUGGUGCGCAUCCAGCCCUCGCCCACAUCUGGAUCCGCCGCUUCGUCGGCCGCGGCGUUCCAGUCAUGUGUCGUGCCUACGCCAGCCCCGGUGGACUGCGUCGUUCGUGCCACGGGUCUCGGACCCUCCCUGUACUUUAUGAGCACUGCCAGGCUCGAGGGCGUCCUGCUCGCCCGCAUUAACCCUUUCAUCGGCGUCGAGGUCGUCUCGAUGAUUUCCACCGGAUUGCACCGCGGCGUGGGUGGCUGUGUGAUCGGCUUGGAGUGCAGCCGCCGCCGUCUGUGGAUCCAGACAGAGACGAGCCACCUGCUGGUGUGCCGGUGCGGGCUGCGGGGCGGCGUCAUCUCGCUAAUCCCUAUCGGCGUGGCGGCGAUAGAGGUGGUUGCAAUGGCGUCCUUCGCAGGGUGCACGACGGGCUCUCUCCUCGCAGCGGUGGAGGUGGACGGCACUAUCCACUUUCUCCCCUCGUAUCAUGGCUAG